UCUUUCGCAAUCUUGAAAUAUGAUAUGCAGUAUGUAACUGCAAAAAGUGAGGGAGUGAAGUUUUUGACAGAACAUGGCGAACACCAUCAAGGAAAACCAACCUUAGAAUUAAAUGCUUUUAAAUGGGAAUCAAUAUCAACUACAUAACAUUUAACUCGGACCGCAAGCAAAUGAGGAAGUCAGCGCAGGGCUUUCAGACGUUAUUUUUUUCCGCUGUGGUGGAAAGAAAGCAAAAAACCUUUAAGCUUUGCAGCACGAAAUAUAAAAAUGUUAGCACAAUUUGUUGUUUCGUGCAGUGAAAGUAACAUAGGAUAACUAUUAUUAAUUUUUUUUGUAUUAGCAUUUGUUAAAAAAACACUUUUAUUGACGUGUUUGAUAUGCAAACCAAGAGCUAUUGAGCUUCACGAAAUGGCUAAUCCAGCCUCCUACACUUUUUCUUCACCGAGGAGGUCUUCUGGUCUGCAUUCAAAGCACACACAUCAGAGUGCCAUCACUCCACCAACUGCUCUUGAAUAUGUCAGAAAUGGCAGGAAGGUUCUCAUGGAUGUACUCAAAUUCCCCAUUACGGUAGCCAAACAGCUUAACAAGCAUGGUAUUCUCAGUGAAGAGGAACUCUGUGACAUUCGAAGGCAAUCGGGGGGGGCUGACGCAACUAGCAAACUGCUGGACAUGGUCAUUGCUAAAGGAGAGCAGGCCUGCUGUGAGUUACUUCAGAUACUGCACAACAAAAGGCAAAAUAUGCUGGAUAUUGGGUUGUCUGAGUCAGUUAAAGCAACUCUGCAAAGUCUGGAAGAAGAUUUAUAUCACUGGAUCAACCACUUCUCAGGCCUCGCAAGAAAAUCAUCAUCCAUACUUAGUGGAAAUGAUCUGCAUCUUAACGUGAAGGAGCACGAAGAUGAAGCUGUGUUUGAAGAAGCUAGGAGAAUCAUGCAGCAGAGUCCAGAGAAGAUGCAGCUGUAUUUGCACGUGGAUCAGGACUUUCAACAUCUUGGUGAAGCCGUCAAGAACUUGAUAUUCAAAUGCUUGCCACAGAUCAGCAGAAUCAGGCUUCCCAGUCCAUCAGAAAACUUUGUACUGCAACUUUUUUUUCAAGCAGCAAUAAAUGAUGUAAAAACAGGAGAGAAGACAGUUACAUGGCUAUCAAAAGUCAUUGAUUUCAACAGCAAUGAUUUUGAUGUAGAAAGUUACAAUUAUAGCGAUGAACUUUCAUGGAAAAAGACUGAUUUUCUGUUGGAUCUACAUUCUCAUAUUAAAGACUAUGAAACUGAAACUGGGCUGAGUGUUCAGUCAAUAUUACAGCCAGUUUAUCAAUCAGCUCCUGAAGUCUGGGUUGUAGACCUCUCUAAGAGGAAGGCAUCCAUCCUCCUUGAAGUGAUGGAGUUCCAGACAAACAAAAAGCCAGUGAAGAUUAUCAGCUGCUCAGAUACAGAGAAAGAACAAUGGCAUUUUCUUCAGUGUUUGCCCUAUAUUUCACAUCUGGGAUGGUCUAAAUCCCAUUUCAAUUUAAAGGAAGCCAUCAAAUUCAUGGUCAAUCUCUUCAAUCAAGCAGCAGAGUGUGACAGAAAGACAGGAGAGAAGAAACUGCAGCUCCUCUCAUCAGUCUGCAGUUAUUCCUCUUUCCCAUUUUUUGGUGACAAAAACUGUGAAGAUUUAAAAAAGCAGAGUGACUUUCUGCUGGAUCUGUACACAUAUUUGAAGGAUUCUGACCAUCCAUCAUAUAAACAUGUUCUGCUGGAAUUGCAGUCAGCUCCUGCAGUCUGGGUUAUAGACCUCUCUGAGAGGAAGGCGUCCAUCCUCCUUGAAGUGCUGGAACUCCAGACAGUGAAGAAACCAGUAAAGCUUGUUGGCUGGUCAGAUGAAAAGAAUGAUCAAUGGAGCUUGCUGAAAUGUCUGCCAUAUGUUUCCAAACUAGGAUUGCCUGUAAAGUAUUUCAAUUCAAAUGAAGCCAUCGAGUUCAUGGUCAAUCUCUUCAAUCAAGCAGCAGAGUGUGACAUAAAGACAGGAGAGAAGAAACUGCAGUUCCUUUCAUCAGUCUGCAGUUAUUCCUCUUUCCCAUUUGUUGGUCACAGAAGCAGUAACGAUUAUUCAAAAAAACAGAGUGACUUUCUGCUGGAUCUGUAUUCAUUUUUGAAAGAUUCUAAGAAACCAUCAUAUAAGCAUGUUCUGCUGGCAUUGCAGCCAGUUUAUGAAUCAGCUCCUGCAUUCUGGGUUAUCGACCUCUCUAAGAGGAAGGCGUCCAUCCUCCUUGAAGUGCUGGAACUCCAGACAGUGAAGAAACCAGUAAAGCUUGUUGGCUGGUCAAAUGAAAAGACUGAGAUAAGGAGUUUUCUCCAGUGUCUGCCCUACGUUUCUCAGCUGCGAUGGUCUAAAUGCCAUUUCAACUCAAAAGAAGCCAUCAAAUUCAUGAUCAGUCAAGCAGCAGAGUGUGACAGAGAGACAGGAGAGAAGAAACUGCAGCUCCUCUCAUCAGUCUGCAGUUAUUCCUCUUUCCCUUUUGCUGGUGACACAAACACUGAUGAUGAUUUAAAAAAGCAGAGUGAAUUUCUGCUGGAUCUGUACUCAUUUUUGAAGGAUUCUGACCAUCCAUCAUAUAAGCAGGUUGUGCUGGCAUUGCAGCCAGUUUAUCAAUCAGCUCCUGCAGUCUGGGUUAUAGACCUCUCUGAAAGGAAGGCAUCCAUCCUCCUUGAAGUGCUGGAAUUCCAGACAGUGAAGAAACCAGUAAAGCUUGUUGGCUGGUCAGAUGAAGAGAAUGAACAAAGCAACUUUUUGCAAUGUCUGCCAAAUGUUUCUGAACUGGGAUUUUCUCAGGACAAUCUCUCUCCUUUUCAGAGAUUACCUGUAAGGUAUUUCAAUUCAAAUGAAGCCAUCAAGUUCAUGGUCAGUCUCUUCAGUCAAGCAGCAGAGUGUGACAUAAAGACUGGAGAGAAGAAACUGCAGCUCCUCUCAUCAGUCUGCAGUUAUUCCUCUUUCCCGUUUGUUGGUGACAGAAACAGUAAUGAUUAUUCAAAAAAACAGAGUGACUUUCUGCUGGAUCUGUACUCAUUUUUGAAAGAUUCUAAGAAUCCAUCAUAUAAGCAUGUUCUGCUGGCAUUGCAGCCAGUUUAUCAAUCAGCUCCUGCAGUCUGGGUUAUCGACCUCUCUAAGAGGAAGGCGUCCAUCCUCCUUGAAGUGCUGGAACUCCAGACAGUGAAGAAACCAGUAAAGCUUGUCGGCUGGUCAAAUGUAGAGACUGAGAUAAGGAGUUUUCUCCAGUGUCUGCCCUACGUUUCUCAGCUGGGAUUGCCUGAAUGGCAUUUCAGCUCACAGGAAGCCAUCAAAUUCCUGAUCAGUCUCUUCAUUCAAGCAGCAGAGUGUGACACAAAGACAGGAGAGAAGAAACUGCAGCUCCUCUCAUCAGUCUGCAGUUAUUCCUCUUUCCCUUUUGUUGGUGACACAAACAGUGAUGAUGAAUCAAAAAAACAGAGCGACUUUCUGCUGGAUCUGUACUCAUUUUUGAAGUAUUCUAAUAAUCCAUCAUAUAAGCAUGUUCUGCUGGCAUUGCAGCCAGUUUAUCAAUCAGCUCCUGCAGUUUGGGUUAUAGACCUCUCUAAGAGGAAGGCGUCCAUCCUCCUUGAAGUGCUGGAAUUCCAAAUAGUGAAGAAACCAGUAAAACUUGUUGGCUGGUCACAUGCUGAGACUGAGUUAAGAAGUUUUCUCAAGUGUCUGCCCUUUGUUUCCCAACUGGGGUUACAUUUUCCACCAGAAACAACUUCUGGGCCAAUAACUGUCCCGCUGAUAAGGGGAUUACCUGUAAGGCAUUUUAACUCAAAGGAAGCCAUCAAAUUCAUUGUCAGUCUCUUCAUUCAAGCAGCAGAGUGUGACAUAAAGACAGGAGAGAAGAAACUGCAGCUCCUCUCAUCAGUCUGCAGUUAUUCCUCUUUCCCUCUUGCUGCUGACAGAAACAGUGACAAUGAAUCACAAAAGCAGAGCGACUUUCUGCUGGAUCUGUACUCAUAUUUGAAGGAUUCUGAAGAUAAAGCAAAUGAGCAUGUUCUACAGGCAUUGCUGCCAGUUUAUCAAUCAGCUCCUGCAGUCUGGUUUAUAGACCUCACUAGGAAGAAGGCAUCCAUCAUCUUUGAAGUCCUGGAAUUCCAGACAAUGAAGAAACCAGUAAAGCUUGUUGGCUGGUCAGAUGAAGAGAAUGAGAUUAAGAGUUUUCUCCAGUGUCUGCCCUACAUUUCUCAGCUGGGAUUGUAUGAAAGGCAUUUCAAUUCAGAGAAAGCCAUCAAGUUCAUGGUCAAUCUCUUCAAUCAAGCAGCAGAGUGUGACAUAAAGACAGGAGAGAAGAAACUGCAGCUCCUCUCAUCAGUCUGCAGUUAUUCCUCUUUCCCUUUUGGUGACACAAACAGUAAUGAUGAUUCAAAAAAACAGACUGACUUCAUGCUGGAUCUGUACUCAUUUUUGAAAGAUUCUAAGAAUCCAUCAUAUAAGCAUGUUCUGCUGUCACUACAGCCAGUUUAUCAAUCAGCUCCUGCAGUCUGGGUUAUAGUCCUCUCUGAGAGGAAGGCAUCCAUCCUCCCUGAAGUCCUGGAACUCCAGAGGGUAAAGAAACCAGUAAAGCUUGUUGGCUGGUUAGAUGAAGAGACUGAGAUAAGGAGUUUUCUCCAGUGUCUGCCCUAUAUUACUCAGCUGGGAUUGUAUGAAAGGCAUUUUAAUUCAGAGGAAACCAUCGAAUUCAUGGUCAAUCUCUUCAAUCAAGCAGCAGAGUGUGACAUAAAGACAGGAGAGAAGAAACUGCAGCUCCUCUCAUCAGUCUGCAGUUAUUCCUCUUUCCCUUUUGCUGGUGACACAAACAGUAAUGAUGAUUCAAAAAAACAGACUGACUUCAUGCUGGAUCUGUACUCUUUUUUGAAGGAUUCUAAGAAUCCAUCAUAUAAGCAGGUUCUGCUGGCACUACAGCCAGUUUAUCAAUCAGCUCCUGCAGUCUGGGUUAUAGACCUCUCUGAGAGGAAGGCAUCCAUCCUCCCUGAAGUCCUGGAAUUCCAGAGAGUGAAGAAACCAGUAAAGCUUGUUGGCUGGUUAGAUGAAGAGACUGAGAUAAGGAGUUUUCUCCAGUGUCUGCCCUAUAUUUCUCAGCUGGGGCCUUGCAACAACAAAAUUACAGAUAUGAAAACCUUCCUGAGAGACCCAGACCACGAUUUAUGGGACCAGUCAAAGAAUCAAAAUACAGUGGAGUUCAAACCAGAUUUAAAUGAUCAUAAUGGUGAACUUUCCUACAGCUUCAGCUGUGAAUCAGGAGGCCACUUUCAGUGCAGCGCAACAGGGCUGGUGUUUCAGAUGAAGGCAGCAGGCAAGGUGGAGUACAGCCCCACUUACUGGGAUGAGGCUGCUUUGAAAACUGCUGGAUAUCAGCCUGCAGGGCCCUUAUUCAACAUCGAGAAUCCCGACAAAGGGCUUUGUUCACUGCAGCUUCCACACUGUGAGGCUGAUGUGGAAGAACGAGUGCACCUGUCUGUGGCCCAUUUCUAUAGUGGAAAUAUGGAAGUACUGAAGCCUUUUGCAGUAACAGACACUCAUGUCACAAUGCAAAUUGGGAAUCUCUCUGCUUUUGGCAUUAUUAAAAGUGUAUUAUCCUUAAUUACGUCUCAAGUUCGUGGACAGGUGUUACUUUUCCAGCCACCUAGAAGCACACCUCAGGAGCAAAUAUAUGUAUUCCUGUUACCCUCCAAUGUGCCACUUGAUCAGGUGACCAAGCAGCACACUGAGUGCAGGUACAUAAAAACCAGCUCAGAUUGCACCUUUAUUCGAAACCAGAAAUACAAAGUUACCUCUGACCUCGAAGGACAUCAUGAAAUCCAGCCUGAGUCCCAAGAUUUUUUCUGUAAUUAUGGCCCAAACUUCCACCCAACAUUUGAGGUUUUCUUCAAUGAUGGCAUCACAGCUUUGAAAUUGGCUGUUAUGAAGAAUGGAGAGAAAGUAUGGGGUCGCAGAGUACGUUUACCAGCAGAAGUAGCCCCGGAUGCAAACCAGCUGGCAGAAAAAAAACCCAUUUCACUGAGUCCAUGGAAAGAUUUCCUAUUAGAUGUAUUCGAUGAUCUGACAGAUGAAGAGCUGAAGAAUCUGAAGACACGCAUGCCACCCCCUGCAGGUUGUAAGGGCAUCCCUAAAAGCAAGCUGCAAGGAGCUGACCGCACAGACCUAUGGAACUUGAUGGCAGAGAGUUGGGGAAUGGAAGGCUCCAUCAUGGCCAUCAAGGGGGGGCUGAGUAAAAUCCAACGUAAUGAUUUGAUCGAGGAGCUAAAUGACUUCCCGAAGAAGCUCAAAAAAUCAUCUGCAUGAAGCCUGUGCUCUUCACACAGGAAAAGCCUUUUACUUUGAUAACUAAUUAGAAAGAUUUAUACAGCUGCAAAGGAAGAUAAAGUGUAUAGAUACUAACAAAUGGUGCAAAUGUGACAACAAUGGUGCGAAAGUGAGAAAAGACACGCAAGGUUGUGAGGGUGGAGUUUUCAUAAUUUUGCAGAAUCUUUCACUGUUUUGUAACAGGCAUCAAAGAAAAUUCUUAUGCCUAUUAAUGUUUUAUUCAGUUACAUUUUUCUCAGUUUUACUGUAUCCCCCUUAGGUUCUCCUAUACUAUAGUGGGUUGACCAUAUAAGCUUUAUUUAGUAAUGUUACUGGGAAGACCAGAUUAUAGAAUCGGUGCAAUUUGCAGAGUGGGCUGCACCCAUUGUUCCUGUCCAAAAACCAGAUGGAUCCAUCCGAAUUUGUGGGGAUUAUAAUAUCACAAUAAACCAGGUAUAUAAAGUGGA